GCUGCACAAGCCUUAAUUUAUGCCGGGAUGGCAGGGUCCAACUUGGAAAAUAUUCAAGAGAAAAUAAACGAGUACUUGGAGAGAGUUCAAGCUCUCCAUUCAGCAGUUCAGUCACAGAACACAGACCCGCUGAAGUCAAAGCAACAGCUGGACCUAGAGCGUGCUCACUUCCUGGUUACCCAAGCUUUUGAUGAAGAUGAUAAAGGCAAUGCAGAAGAAGCUAUAGAGCUGUACACAGAAGCAGUGGAACUCUGUUUGAAAACAGCUACCGAAACAUCUGAAGCAGGCCUGCAGUCCAAGCUGAAGCAGCUGGCUCGCCAAGCGCUGGACAGAGCGGAGGCACUGAAGGAAUCUAUGUCAAAGUCAUCUCAGAAAGAGAAGUCUACUGCAGCUAGACAAAAUCAGCCAGUCAGAACGUUCUUCCCAUUGGGACCUGAUUUUUCUUUAAAUGAUAAACCACAGACCAUCAGAGCGGUACAGGCUAGUGAGUCUCAAGGUCAGAGGUACACAGCAGAGGAAAUUGAAGUUCUCAGGAAGACUUCAAAAAUUAAUGGCAUUGAGUACGUACCUUUUAUGAGUGUUGAUCUGAGGGAACGUUUUGCCUUCCCUAUGCCAUUUUCUGAUAAAUGUGGGAAGUUACCAUUAUCCCCUAAACAGAAAGCAAUGUUUGCCAAGUGGAUGCGACCGGAUGACAUAACCAAUAAUCCUACGAUGAUUUAUACUGUGUCCAGUUUCAGCAUAAAGCAGACAAUAGUGUCAGAUUGCUCUUUUGUGGCAUCACUAGCUAUCAGUGCAGCGUAUGAAAGAAGAUAUAACAAAAAACUAAUCACGAGUAUUAUUUACCCUCAAAAUAAGAAAGGGGAACCAGAAUAUAAUCCAUGUGGCAAAUACAUGGUGAAACUUCAUAUCAAUGGUGUGCCUAGAAAGGUAAUCAUAGAUGACCAGUUACCUGUUGAUCAUAGUGGGGAACUUCUUUGCUCUUAUUCUAACAAUAAGAAUGAACUAUGGGUAUCGCUAAUAGAAAAAGCUUACAUGAAGGUCAUGGGAGGAUAUGAUUUUCCUGGAUCGAAUUCUAAUAUUGAUCUUCAUGCGCUGACUGGCUGGAUACCUGAAAGAAUUGCUAUGCACUCUGACAAUCAAGCUUUCAAUAAAGACAGUACUUUCAGGAUGCUCUAUCAGAGAUUUCACAAGGGAGAUGUUCUUAUCACAACAGCAACAGGGAUGAUGUCUGAAGAGGAAGGAGAAAAAUGGGGUUUAGUUCCAACCCAUGCAUAUGCUGUCUUGGAUAUAAGAGAAUAUAAGGGACUUCGAUUUCUUCAGUUGAAAAAUCCCUGGAGCCACUUACGUUGGAAAGGACGAUACAGUGAAAAUGACACAAGAAACUGGACCCUGGAUUUACAGAAAUAUUUGAACUUUGAUCCAAGAACAGCUCAGAAAAUAGACAAUGGCAUUUUCUGGAUUGCUUGGGAGGACCUGUGCCAGUACUAUGAUGUUAUUUAUUUGAGUUGGAACCCAAGUCUUUUUAAAGAAUCUACAUGUAUUCACAGCACGUGGGAUGCGAAGCAAGGCCCGAUGAAGGAUGCCUACAGCCUGGCAAACAACCCUCAGUACAAGCUGGAGGUGCAGUGCCCGCAGGGUGGAGCUGCUGUCUGGGUCCUGCUUAGCAGACACAUCACUGACAAGGAUGACUUUGCACACAAUCGGGAAUUCAUUACAAUGGUUGUAUACAAGACUGAUGGCAAAAAGGUUUACUAUCCAGCUGAUCCUCCUCCGUACAUUGAUGGGAUCCGGAUCAACAGUCCUCACUACCUGACCAAGAUAAAGCUGACCUCUCCAGGGCUGCAUACAUUUACCUUAGUGGUGUCCCAGUACGAGAAACAAAACACAAUCCAUUACACCAUCAGGGUGUAUUCCUUGUGCAAGUUCACCUUCUCCAAGAUUCCUACACCGUACACAAUUUCCAAACGGGUUAAUGGACAGUGGAAAGGUCACAGUGCUGGAGGAUGUGGAAAUUUCAGAGAUACCUACAAAAAUAAUCCCAUUUAUCAGUUCCAGAUAGACAAGAAUGGACCGUUACUAAUUGAACUACGGGGACCGAGGCAAUACAGUGUUGGUUUUGAACUCAUCACUGUCUCGACAGUUGGAGAUCCUGGUUCCAAUGGCUUCCAGAAAAAGAGCAGUGGAGACUACAGGUGUGGAUUUUGCUACUUGGAAGUGGAAAACAUAUUUGCUGGAAUUUACAACAUCAUCCCCACCACAUUCCUGCCUCAACAAGAGGGUCCUUUUUUCUUAGAUUUUAACAGUACUAUUCCUCUUAAGGUGUCACAGCUGCAGUGA